UUAGCAUAAGGUGACAUCUAGCGGUUACUUUGAGGAAUUGAAGUCGUUUAUCAAGUCGUUUGUGUUUGGCGGGAGUACUGCCGCUGGGAGGCGCUAAAGAGCAGGAACAUGGAUAGGAGGAGGCGCCAGCGUCGCUCCGCUGUGUGUCUCUUCAGUGGGCUAACUAAAGUCCAUCAACAAGCUAGUUAGCGGUGCAUCGCGGUGAACGUUAUAAAACGUUCACACACAUCAGAAUUGGAUGGAGCGGCUACGUUAAUGUUCUGACGCGCCUGGAGAGUUAUCCAAAAUCCACGGACCCUUUCGGGUGGAAGUAAUUAGCUUCUUCAUUCAUGCAGCCGAUGAUGCUCUGAAUCUGAGUGGCGGGCGAGCGCAGCCGUCAGCUCACGGGGACAACACGGCUCAGUCACCGAGUGGCGCCAUGGUGGUCCCGGACAGUGCCGGUGUGGUCUCUCCGUCCGACAAUGGGGGUCCAGCACAGAGCGCCGAGUCCGGACGCAUGAUGGAGGCUGGGGACAGGGGCCAGGACCUGGCAGGGGUGGAGCUGGAAGAGGUGCGAAAGCUGCAGGAACUCGUCCGCAGGCUGGAGAUCCAGAACGAGAGCCUGCGCAACAGAGGCGGCAAGACGAGAGGCUCCAGCAGCAGCAGCAGCAACCUGAACGCUGCUCCCGGCAACGUCAACGACAGGCGGGCCUGUGAAGAGCUCACCAACUCCCAUGUCAGGUCAGAGGAGCACAGCAGCACAGACUUGGAGCUGUCGCCGCCUCAGGACAGCAGCAGCGGGGAAGAGAUGUCCCCUGUGCCCGCGGCCAACAGACUGGGGGAAGAAGAGGAUGAGGAGGGAGAUGAAGGGCAUUUUCUAACUCUGACCUGCAGCAAUGGAGGGGGGCAAAUCCUGACACCUGAGAGCCCCUCUCAAGCUAGUAAUGAAUCAGAGACGAUUGCAGAGGGUGACUCAGGAGUGGACCAAAGUGCACUGGAUGAAGUGGAUGUCCUAGAUUUGGAGGAUGGAUGCGCAGAUGCAGAAGAUGACGACAGUUGGUUGUACGUGUCUCCUAAAAAGCAAAUAGCCGAUCCAGGGCCCGACUCGCCACUGAAGUGGUGUCGCCAGGCUCUUGAUCAUCGCAGUCCAGAGACGGAAAUGGCCUGUAAGACGCUGAUCAACCGCUUGGACCAGACGUCCCGAUGGAGGAACAUGUACAGCAGCCCGUCAGAGGCUGGCCCCACCAGUUCUGGGCUGAUCUCACCUGGGUACCACAAAUCGACUAACAAAUCCCUACUAACCUGUGGCAGCGCAGGUGCAACUAGCAUGCACUCGGCUCUGAGCUCUCAGUCAUCCGUAGACAGUGAACUCAGCACAUCAGAUGACUCCAUUUCUAUGGGUUAUAAACUCCAGGAUCUCACCGAUGUCCAGAUCAUGGCUCGUCUGCAGGAGGAGAGUCUAAGGCAGGAUUGUGCCUCAGGCUCAGCAUCUGCAUCACGCCGCAGCUCCACCACCUCUCAGCAGUCGCUGCGCCGCGGCGGAACCUUCAGCGAUCAGGAAUUCGAUACUUACAGCCUGGAAGAUGACGAGGAUGGGUUCUGCUCCGCCUCCCAGCACCGGCAUCGAUACACUCCGUCACCUUUGGGUUCACCGCGUUGCCUUUCCCCCUCCACCUCCAACCACGGUCAAGAGUACAGCAGCCGGCUUGCAGCGCCACGUUCAAGAACGCCCAGGCGAUCCCUUCAGGGUCCCAGCACAGAGCUGCUCAAGUUUGCAAAAAGCGAGGAGGAACUGAGACACAGCAUGCCUAAUCUGGCUCCCCGCACCAGCCUACGCUCCCUGGAGGCAGUCAGAAACAGCCGCAGCAUGGAGGCUAACCUCCAGAGCUCUGGCAACCGCAUGUCUCACCUGUCCCACUCCCCUCCCAAAGCUCAGGGUGCGGCCUCCAGUCGUCUGCGUGGCAACGGACAGUCACCUCUCUCCCUGCGAGCUCCGGUUAAAUCCGUCCCUCCUGUGGGAUCCGGGCCUGCUGGUCGUCAGCCUUCAAGAGGUCUUCCGGUCAUACAGGCUCCACUUGCUGGAGGGCGCGGGCUCCAGUCGCCAGGAUCCGCUAACGGAGGAGGCUAUGCAGCCGGGAGGGCCUCGACCGGGUCAGCACGGCCUGCAGCGGGGCGAGGUCAGACUGUGGCUCCGGUUUCUACAAGAAGUAAACUGUCCCAGCCUUCCAGAAGGUCUUUGGGUGUAACUAAAAUCUCAGAUGAAUCCUGGAAAGACGGAUGUUACUGAGUCCUUCCUGUGAUAAACUGCUGCAACUCCUACCUGACUUCUUAAUGACAACAGCCCAGCUCUGUGUCUUCAGACGUGUUGCACAUUUCAGACUGGAGCCCUGUGCCGCACUGGAUUUGUAGUCAAUCUCUUUCCCUUGCAUGAAAGAUUGUCAACCCACACACACACAAAGAGACUAUGUAGGUGGAUGUGAUGGCACACAGGGAACGCUAUCAGUUGUAUGGACCAACCCUGAGCUUCCAGAUCAUUUCCUUGAAUCAACCUUUCUCAUUUUUAUGGUAAUUGUGAGAAAUAGCUGGAAAUUUGGGCUUUGUAUUGCUGCACUGUUGCUGUAUGACUAUGAAGACAAUUUAAAUGAAGAUAUUGCCGGUUUGUUUGUGCAACUACUUGACAACGGGGGGAAGUGCAUGCAGGGUUAUGUUGUUUUCCCGCAGCCUCGAGGCCUUUCUGACUUUCCAUGUCCCCCUAUGUCUUAAUUUGAUGUGCAAAAGUUUUUGAGUGGUUCAUUGUGAACGUUUUAUAUGUUUGUUUGUUUGUUUUUUGCUCUUUGCUUACACAGCAGAACAAUCCUUGUAAACCACACUGCCCUUGUGAAUUCUAAUAUGGAAUUAAAAAAAAGAAAAGUGGUUGUGCCAAGGUGCAUUGCAACUGCAACUCUUUAAUUCUAUGGAUACUCUUGAAGACUUAUAGGUACUCAUGUAGGAGUUUUAAUAUCGAUGUGUCUUGGUGGAUUACUUGACUUUUACAAAAAUAAAAAAACUGUCUAAUGCACAAAGACCUUUUGCCUAAGUCAGCUAUGCACCCAUGUGAAGUGUGCCUCAAAAUUAGAAACUGUAAUAAUUUCAAAUAAUAAAGCCUACCAUAAA